CACAUAUCGGAUGCAAAGAUUACCUAACUUUGUCUGACCACGCUGUAUCUUCAAGUUCGAAAACAACUUAAGCCUGGUCUAGGAUGGCCGCCCGAAUGACUUCUGCAGGCCGCAGCUGCUGCCGUCCUGCUAUCCAUGGCAGGCACAGAGUUGUGCGUGUCAUGGUGAAGCCUCAGCCCCGCGCCGUCGCCUGCGCGGGCUGGUUCCAGCGCCGAGUUUCGCCCGACCCCGCUCCCCCGCCUAGAUUUCAGCCCGAUGUGGUGGUCGGUGCCGUCGGCGUGAUUGUCACAAUCGUUGCGACAGUACUGAUGGCGAUCGCGGACCUGAAGACGGAUCUCAAGGCGGACAUCACCUCCCUCAAGACGGACCUCAAGACGGAUAUCAAGGCGCUGCCGGCGAGAAGAUCGCCUAGCAGGCCGGGCUGGUGGACCAGCUUCAGAAGAACGUCAACAUCGUUCUGGAGGACCGCAUCGCCGGCCGCCGCGGCUCGUAAGCGCGUGUGCUGCGCACCUGGUCAGUCACAAGCUGAAGCCGCGACGGAGCUGCACCGCCGAGGGUCAUCAUCGGCCACCAGCAGCCCCUGAGGAGCUGCAGUAGAACACAUGGAAUGGACCUUGCACAGCUGUGUUUACGCACCAUGGCGGUGGGAAAGCGGUGAACGGCUGCUGCCAGCAACGCAUUAGUCAGAUCAGAUCCUGCAAGGGAUGCUCAGCAUUCAUCUCGAGUAGCAGUUACCGUAUAUUCAAGCGCCAGAGACAGUUUUUUUGUAUGCUUCGUGCUUUUGUACGUAUGUGCCCAUGCCUGUUACUCAGUGGUUUCGGCCUACAAUUUCGGCACCCGGCGCAUUGCCAUGUUCCGGCACUCUGAAAUGUUUCAUAACACUGGCGGACACGGUUACAUGAGACUGACAGCUGCGACUGCAUGCAGCCUGCGUCGGCAUACUCACAUACACAGCAUGUGAUGUAGCCAUGAGGCAGACAUCUGCCUGAGUGUACUGAAAGAGAAUGGCUAGCAGGAGAGAUGUGUGUGUGUGCGUUAGUGACUAUGUGCCACGCAAGAAGCAAGACCCUGGCCCACAAUAAUUAGGGUCACGGUAAUGCUCUAAAAAUACCAGUGCUGUAUAGGACUAGGGAGCGAGGGCGCUGCCGACUUUGAGGGGCCACCUGGCAAGCAGCCGAACGACACUUGCCAAAAAUGGGUGCCGCCGCUGGUGCCUGGUGGUCACGGUCAUCGCCGCGCGGAAGUUAUAUUACAGAGGCUCUUGCCAGUGCUCCGUUUGUAAUGUGUUUUCUUGAUGUUGUUUGUACAGCUGUGUGUCGUGCCUUGAGGCGUGACUGUGCGUUUUGGGUGACUAACGUGGAUUUGGCGGGUGGGGACGAGGGGAACGUGUUCUUGGUUGGUUGGCCCGGCACGCCCGGCACGGUGUGCUGCAUGGGAAGCCGGAGGACGGGACCGCAGAGAGAGGAUAUAGGUCGCGUGAGAGAGCGGCUGACGCCGUCUCUCAUUCCGAUCCUAGACAGGUAGUCUUUGACCGCCGUAAGUGAGGGACCUGUCCGCAGGGACGGUAAACACAGAGCCAACAUGUAGCUUGAUUGUCUAGU